GCGCGCAAGCGUGAUCUCCGCGGUGGCGCGGCGAAGAUGGCGGCCUCCGGUUGGGUGCGCGCCGCCCUGGUGCUUCUCUGCGCCUCUGACCUGCUGCUGCCGCCGCUGCCGCCGAGGGCCUGCGCUGCCGAGGGCGCGGCCGGGACGCCCGGGGAGGCCAGCCCGCCUCCGCGGAAGAAGAAGAAGGAUAUUCGCGACUACAACGAUGCGGACAUGGCGCGUCUGCUGGAGCAGUGGGAGAAGGAUGACGACAUCGAAGAGGGGGACCUCCCGGAGCACAAAAGACCCUCAGCCCCUAUCGACUUCUCCCAGAUAGACCCGGGCAGGCCCGAGAGCAUCCUGAAGAUGACGAAGAAGGGGAAGACGCUCAUGAUGUUCGUCACUGUGUCCGGAAACCCCACUGAGAAGGAGACGGAGGAGAUCACCAGCCUCUGGCAGGGCAGCCUUUUCAACGCCAACUACGACGUGCAGAGGUUCAUCGUGGGGUCCGACCGGGCCAUCUUCAUGCUUCGGGACGGAAGCUACGCCUGGGAGAUCAAGGACUUCUUGGUCGGUCAGGACAGGUGCGCCGAUGUGACGCUGGAGGGGCAGGUGUACCCCGGCCGGGGAGGCGGCGGGGAGAAGAAUAAAACGAAGCAGGAGAAGCGCAAGAAGAGGAAGGAGGGGGAGCCCAAGUCUCGGGCCGCCGAGGCCGCGAAGGAAGACAACCGAGCCGGGAGUGAGAGGGCGGAGCUGUAACGGGGGCGCCCCGGGCUCGGGCAGGGGCGGGAGCCCCGCGACCGGUGGGCGUCCACGCCGGAGUUCCCGUUGAAGAGGCUUCGAGCGAGAAGACGGCGGCCUCGGCGUUAACGUUGGACUCUGACGCGUUCGAGGUUCCUGUGAAGUCUCGGUAAAUGGAAUCGGCGGCCCUUCGUGUCCGGGGCGGCCCUGGCGCCGGAGGCACCCCUCCCCCUCGCUGCCCUGGCCCUGCCCCGCGGGCCGCCGUGUCCCCGCCCCCCUCGUUUCCGCCAACCGGACGGCCGCCAGGUCCCAGUCAGCCGGACAGACGCCGUCCGUGGCACCGGGCCCCGCGGGCCGCAGACCCCGCCUCCGUGACCGCCAACUUCCGCCCUGGCGCCGGGCUCGGGGCCCGUCCGCGCCGCAAGGUCGGGACGCGGGACGCGGCUCCCCGCACGCGCGCGGUCACGUGGACAUGCACCGUCCCGACUUUGAAUUUGACUGGAAUCCCCGCCGUCAGUCAGGGACGCCUCCCGACAGCCGUCCGGUGUCGCGCGGUCUGUAAAGGCCGGGAGUUGUGCCUGUGUCCUGCUUGGGGCGGCCGCGCGGGCGGCGAGGGCUCAAACGUGCCAUUUCAUGUGACGACGACCGUCAGGGUGUGACUCGGGAGCCGGCGGCGUGUGACGGAAGACUCAGUAACCUCAUCGUUUCUAAACGUUUUUUUUUGACAAAGUGCCUAAAUCUGUGGUGUUCUGUAUGGUACUAACGCGCCCUGUAAUGUUCAUGUGUCAGACCUGCCCUGCGUCCGAGUUACAGAAUUUACACGCAGGUGUCAUUUUUAAGGACUCACAUUGUUUGUACAGAACUUCCCUCACAAUUUUAACAGAUUGAAAAGAGCACACGGACGUGGUUAGGAAACGUCACUGCUGCAGGAGGGUCCAGAGUGAAAAGUCUGUGCCUACCCCUGCCACGGCCUUGUCUCAGUGCAACCUCCUGUUAAUCUGUUUCCAAAAAAAAAAAAAAUUCACUUCCCGGCC